AUGUCCAUACCGAAAAUACAGUCGAAGGAGGCCGACGAGAGCCAGGGCGUGUUCGCUGUCACCUCAACGCCUGUCAAGUCAUCUAACUCACUGACGGGCAAGAGCGACAACUCUCCCACUGCAGGGAGCGGCUCUGGAGCCCCUCGGCCCAAGAAGCUCCCACCGCUCUACACGGCGGCGCUGCCCGCGAAGGACCCCAAUCAGCGGGAACCCGGCGUUCUACCGAUAGAAAAGGUCACAAAGAGGCUGCGCCAUUCCAAUCGCGUUCUCCACAUCGAAAACGCUGCCAAGGUCAAGAUGGGCUACCAAGGUCAAGAUGGGCUGGGAAGGAAUUAUUUGUACCUGCAUGGCCGCAGCAUGGACGUACCAAAGGCCGUCCACGAGUGGCUCUGCAGCGACCCUGCGGCCGAGGAGAUGAUGUUCGAUGCAUCAAUCUUUGAGCCGCUCGACUGA